UCUUAUUUCUCUCCUAGCUUGAAGAAAUCUGACCCUACGCGUAGCAGUACUACAACGAGGUAAAAGGUUUCACAUCCAUUGGUUUCUCCCAGCAUUAGUUUGUUCUUGUAGACUGUCGAUGCAUGUACCAUAGCUGGGUGGAUCACGAGGACAAAUUAGGAAGAUCAAUUGAUUACUUUGUUCUAUACAUCGAAUAAAAGUUUGAUUAUUUCCCAGAAAUCUGACCAUCAGAUUUCAUGCCGUGCCAUCGAGCCAUGAGGGAGACGAGUGCUGCGGAAAUGCAGGUGGUGAUACGCGUGGACGAGGCGGCGGUGAGCUCCAUGAGGAAGAAGUUGGAAGCCACAUCGUUGGAAGACCGGCACGCCGAGCAGGCGACGAUCUUCAGAGUCCCACACAACAUUCGAGCGAUCGAUAGCUUGGCGUACGAGCCAAAGAUCGUCUCCCUCGGCCCCUACCACGCUGACAACGAACGCCUGGGAGCCUGGGACGGCCUCAAAUGGCGCUACUUCAAGAAGUUCCUGAACCGGAACCCCAACAAACACUUGUGUGACUACCUCGAGGAGGUCGAGAUGUUGGCGCUAGCAGCACGCACUGCGUACUCGGAGAAACUGGGCAUGGAUCCCGCCAAAUUCGUGGAGAUGAUGCUGCUCGACUGCUGCUUCGUGGUCGAGUUGUUGCUCGUACAGAUGGAGGAGAAGCAGCAAGCGGAGAUGCGAAUGGGUCCGAAGUGGCAAGAGGCAAGUUCGACGUUCGAACAGGAUCCGAUGAUAAGUGCAUGGCGGUGGGCUCUGCCAUUACUCGCACAUGACGUGAUGAUGCUCGAAAACCAGCUUCCUCUCGUCGUCCUUCGGAGUUUGCUGGAGCUGGCUUCCCCAGGUGCUUCCCUGAAGGAACCCCUGGACUACUUCUUCCGGAAUUUUCCUCUGACCAUAAACAUCGAGAAAAUCACCGACGAUAACAUCAAGAAUUCUCCCCACCUUCUUCAUCUUUUCCACACCUGCAUUGUGCCGCCGAAGAGCAUGAUCGCAAAGAAGAGUGGAAAGGAUAGCCGGCCCUCACACACCCCGAUGCCGUGCGCCAGAGAGCUCCGGGAGGCCAGGGUAAAGUUCGUGAAGAAGGAAGCCGCGAGCUUCCUGGACAUCAGUUUCCGCGGGAACAAGAUGGAGAUACCGCAGGUGUGGGUGGACGACGAGACCAACUCCCUCCUCCGGAACCUCAUCGCGUUGGAGCAGUGCUACCCCCGGGCGGGCAUCUACGUCACCACGUACGCCUGGUUCAUGGACCGCAUCAUCGACACGCCCAUGGACGUGGCGUUACUCCGACAGCACAAGAUCAUCGAGAACGGCCUGGGCAGCGACGAAGACGUCGCCGAUGUCUUCAACAAGCUCGGCAAGGAGGUCAUCAUGGACUUGCAGGCGUGCUAUCUCUCGGACCUCGGGCAGGCCGUGACGAAGCACUGCGACAACAAAUGCAACCGCCGUUGGGCGUCGCUGAACCACAACUACUUGACCAGUCCAUGGGCGAUCAUCUCGGUUUUCGCUGCCAUUCUGCUCUUCCUUCUCACCAUAAUCCAGACUAUUUUCUCGGUUCUAAGUUACAUCAAACAGUCCUAAUUAAAAUCCCAAGUAAGAACAUGACAUACAUACAAAUUUGUUGUAAUGAUCUUACCACUAAAAUGUUUGUUCUA